AUGUCAGUCAAUACCAUUUUAAGUUAUGCAGCCUUUUCAAGACUAACAUCUUCAAAUGAUGAUUUAUUGGCAGAUCGAAUAAGUCACCUGUAUACAGUUCUUACACUGAUAAUAUUCGCCAUAAUAGUUGGAGUGAAACAGUUUGUAGGAGAUCCGAUACAGUGCUGGACGCCAGCGGACUUUAAACCAGCUCAGUCAGCGUAUGUUUUAUCAAAUUGUUGGAUCCAGAGUACAUAUUAUGUGCAGAUGGAGGAUGUGGUACCAUCUUCAAAAAGGGAACGAGAAGCAGCAAAACUUGCAUAUUAUCAAUGGGUGCCAAUAAUCCUUCUAUUCAUGGCAUUCCUAUUCAAACUUCCGUAUAUAUUAUGGCGAAUGUGUUGUGAACUUUCUGGGUUCAAUGUUUCUAAUUUUGUUAGUUUAGCAUAUAAGACCCAAUAUGGUCUUUCAACUACACACGAUGAAAACGUGAAAAAUAUUUCAGAUUAUUUGGACAGGUGGUUAGCGUUUAACAAAAAGUUGGUUACGAUUCCUUCGCUCGGCGAUGAAGUUCAGAAGCCCAGAUAUUUUUUAUUUGAAAGUGCCAGUCGAUGGUAUCUUAUGAUUCUUUACUAUUUCAUUAAAGUCCUGUAUUGUGUAAAUGCUGUAACCCAAUUCUUCUUGUUGAAUCAGUUUCUUGGUGGUUGGUAUGCUAUGUAUGGUAGUGAGGUAAUUCAAAACAUGAUCUAUGGCGAACCUUUCAUGGAGUCUCAUCGAUUUCCCCUUGUUACCCUAUGCGAUUACCAGAUUCGUCAAAUGAACAAUGUCAAUGAUUAUACCAGUAUGUGUGUACUGUCCAUUAAUCUUUUUAGUGAAAAAAUCUUCAUAUUUAUAUGGUUCUGGCUAGUAUUUGUCUGCGUUGUUUCCAUCAUUAGCUUAAUUAAAUGGACAUUGCUCAUCGUGAUCAACAGGAAGAGAUUAUCGUUUGUGCAUGAUUAUUUACUAUUGUUGAAUAUUCUUUGUGGUGAACAGGAUAAAAGUCAUGUGAAGAAGUUUGUAUUGGAUUACUUGAAAGGAGAUGGCAUGUUUAUAUUAAAGAUUUUAGAUGCAAACGCUGGAGCUAUGGUUACUUCAGACAUAGUCAAACAGUUGUGGUACAUCUACAGGAAUCGACCAUCUCCCAUUACGGCAACAACUCAGUUUUAA